AUGCAAGAGAUAAACCGAUCUACAGAUAGUAGUUGUAGAGAUAGGGAACUAUUGGAUGUUCUGUUACAGAAAACAGACGAACCAAGGAGUGACAAUGGUUCCAGAAUAACAGCUCUAUUAAACAGAACCAAUGGAAAUCUUAGCAGACCAUCCAGUUUUUCAAGGCGAAGUUUGAACCUGUCGCAUCCAAGUCUGGCAAGUGAUUCCCACGUUUCAGUGGCGGAGCCGGCAGACAACAGUGCUGUCAAAUUCCUCUACAGUUUGGCAGUUUUAUGUUUGGCUUCGUUAAUUCUUUCCGCAUUAUCAUUCCAAGUUUUGAUAUCACUUGAGAGCUUGGAAGAUGGGUUAAAGAACACUUCCGGUGAUGGAAUGCUCAAUUCGUCCGCCAUGUAUUCUAUAGUGUAUGAAGCGACCACAUCUUUAGCCACCCUUGUGAUUGGACUCGAUCUGAGCUGUCUAAUGGUGUGUUCUAUGCAAUGUUUCUUUACUGCCAAAAUUCUUCGCACCUAUGAAGGAUCUGAAAGGGCUUUCAAGUACCUUAAAGAAUGUUCCAGUAGUAGGUUUAUAGCAGUGUUUAGUUUUUUCUUAUCUAUACCAGUUUAUAUGGUUGCUUUGGCUUUGUACAUUUUAAUGAAAUUUAGAUCAACAGCAGCUUUAUCAUGUAUCAUCAUACUGUGUAUCUGUGUGUUGUUUUGUGUUUUGAGUGUCAUGCAGAACAUCUACCAUUGGAGAGUUGAAAAGAGUCGGUCAGACGAAGGGCUUCCUGUUUACGACGGUCAUGUUUCGAGCGGAAGAACUGUUUCCAUGGCAGUAAAUAGACAUGAAUUAUCUACCCUUGUAUAA